GUAGCCAAUAAUAAUCCACCACGAGAAUUUUUACCGGGAACGCCUCCCAAGAACAGCAGAUUUUCCCGUCGUCUUCUUCAUCAUCACCAUCUCCAUAUUUUCAAUUUGUAGUUUAAAAACUGAAGAAGACUCAUUGAAGAUCGAUCAGUUUAUAGAAAUGGAUCGGUAUGAAGUCGUGAAGGAUUUAGGUGCAGGCAAUUUCGGUGUUGCUAAGCUUGUUCGUGAUAAAUGGAGUAAUGAACUUUUAGCCAUCAAAUUCAUCGAGAGAGGCUCUAAGAUUGAUGAACAUGUACAGAGGGAAAUUGUUAAUCAUAGAUCGCUUAAGCAUCCUAAUAUUGUCAGAUUCAAAGAGGUCCUGUUAACGCCUACGCAUCUGGCGAUAGUGAUGGAAUAUGCUUCAGGAGGAGAGCUUUUUGAAAGAAUAUGCAAUUCUGGACGAUUCAAUGAAGAUGAGGCAAGAUUUUUCUUCCAACAAUUGAUAUCAGGGGUUAGCUAUUGCCAUUUGAUGGAAAUAUGUCAUAGAGAUCUUAAGCUUGAAAACACACUUCUAGAUGGAAGUGGUGCGCCUCGGGUUAAAAUUUGUGACUUCGGAUACUCUAAGUCCUCUGUCUUUCAUUCGCAACCGAAAUCGAGGGUGGGAACACCUGCCUACAUUGCACCGGAGGUGUUUGCGAAGAAAGAAUACGAUGGAAAGAUUGCAGAUGUUUGGUCUUGUGGGGUGACAUUAUACGUGAUGGUGAUUGGAGCGUACCCUUUUGAAGAUCCUGCAAAUCCUAAAAACUUUGGCCACACUAUUGCUAGGAUUCUUAAUGUUCAAUACUCAAUACCGGAUUAUGUUCGAGUUUCAAUUGAGUGUAGACAUCUUUUAUCUCGUAUCUUCGUGGCCGACCCUGAAAAGAGGAUAACGAUUGCAGAGAUUAAGAAACACCCUUGGUUCUUAAAGAACUUGCCGAUAGAAUUGUGGGAAAAUGGUUCUUUUGCGAAGAAGGAGGUGAACAAUCCUCCUCAGAGCCUGGAAGAAGUACUGACCAUAAUUGAGGAGGCGAGGAUACCUCCUGAAGAUGCGCCUGAAAACACAGAUCAUAAUGAAAACAUGGAUCAUCUCUAUAUGGGAAAAAGUAUCGAUAUGGACGGGAUGGAACUGGAAGAAGACGACGAUGAUUACGAGGAAGUGGAAACUAGUGGGGACUUUGUGUAAGCUUGAAUGAGUUCAGAGCUUCAUUCAAGUGAAAUCGGACCAUUUUUUUAAGUUUAUAGAGUAAAAGCUUGAGUCGGAUGUUUUUAUUGUGUUGUAAGUUGUAACUUGUAAGAUGUCUACUUUUGUGUAAAUAUAAUUACAUAUUUAUGUUUUUUUUAAUAUAAUCAUUUUGAAC